AUGAGUUCCUCGGAGUGUUCUCAGCAGUUACACUCCGCUUAAUAUACUUACACAGGGUGAAAGCCUGCACACGUCCCUCCUUUUUGCUUUGCUUCGAACACCAUGAAGAAUAUUAUGCAACUCUGUGCAACAGUUUUGCUGCUGUUCUUCAGCCUGUUCUUGGCCAGAGUGUUUUGUGUCCAGAGAGUUCAUUGCGAGUGGGGGCCUUAUGGAAGCUGGUCAGUUUGUGACCCUUGCACCAAAUUACAGACAAGAAGCCGAGCCAUGUCUGUCUAUGCUCAGUACAAUGGAAACCCUUGCGAUGGAGGCCGUAGUGAGAGCAGGUCCUGUGAAACUGCACAAGCCUGCCCACUGGACGAUGGAUGUGGAGACAGAUUCCGUUGUAGAUCAGGGAAGUGUGUUAGCAAGUCCCUUUUGUGUAAUGGUGAUCAGGACUGUGAGGGAGAUGGACUAGAUGAGCAUGACUGUGCUCCUACAAAGUACAUCACGUGUGUACAUACAGUUCCUCCACCUCAAGUAGAGCUACUUGGAAUAGGGUUUGAUGUUGUAUCUGGAAAAAGCAGAGGAAGUGUCAUCAACACAAAGAGUUUUGGGGGCCAGUGUCGAUCUAUCUUUAGUGGUGUCCACAACACUCAUUAUCGGCUUCCCCUCAGCACUAUUCAGUACAACUUUCUGGUUAAAGUACAGAAGGACUUUAGUGAUGAGAUGUUUGCCAGCCAAUGGCACUAUGCUAAAGAUGUUGUCAACAGACAGACGGUUUCAGGAACAACAACAGGAUAUCGCAAUUAUGACUUCCAUGAGACACUAGACAUGUCUGAAACCAAAAGACUUGUGGUGUUACGGAAUGAGAUAGAGGUAGUUCAAUUCCAGAGUAAUUCUCCCAGAUACCUCCCAAUAUCUGAGGAGUUCUGGAUGGCUCUGGCCAAAUUACCUCCUGUUUAUGACUACACAGCCUACAGGAAGAUUUUGGAGAGGUUUGGAACACACUACAUAUCUGAGGGAAGCAUGGGGGGCUCCUUGACCUCUAUCUUUUCAAUCGACGAAGAGACUGAAAAGCAUAUCACAAGUAUGAGUUUUCAGAAUCGUGAAUGUGAAAAGAAAAAACGCUGGAUUCUGUUCUUCCCAAUUACAAGAGUAGAUUGUUCGUCAAGUGACGGUUCAAAAACAACGAGAAAUGAAAACAGAACUCCUAACAACGAUGUAAAAGUUAAGGUGAUGGGAGGUGGUCCAGCGCAUAUUGCAGCUUUGGAGAACAUGCAGCUUGGUGAUUUAGACAGGAACUGGGAAAUGUACUCAAAUUGGGCUGACUCUAUUAGGUCAUUCCCUGUCAUCAUAAAGCAGAAGCUUCAACCUAUUUCAGAAUUGGUUAAGGAAGUUCAGUGCAGUGGGGUGAAGAGGCUUUAUCUACGUAAAGCUAUAGAACAAUAUCAGCAUGAAAGCCAUCCCUGCCACUGCCAACCGUGCAGGAACAAUGGACUGGCAGUCUUGGAUGGGGACAAAUGCAAAUGCAUUUGCAAAGCUGGCACAUCUGGGCUGGCUUGUGAGGUUGGAGUUGAGGCAGAUAACCAACAGGGUGUGAUCCAUGGUAGUUGGUCCUGUUGGUCUGCCUGGUCCUUGUGUUCUGGGGGUCGGAUUUCACGACGUCGAACUUGCACUAACCCUUACCCACAGAAUGGCGGGCAUCACUGUAUUGGAGAAUCAAUGGAAACUUCCCGCUGUGAAGAUCAAGAGGAGCUUCAAUACUUAAGAACCAUGGAGCCUCAGUGCUUUGAUAGAACCCUCCCAGCCCUCCAGAAAUGCGCGACUCCACCCAGUCUAAGGAACGGCUAUAUCCUGGAUCCUAAGGAUGACUACUAUGUGGGUAACACUGUGGAAUAUACCUGCACUGCUGGGUUUUUUCUUUUGGGUAACAACAUCCUUCAUUGCACUGCUGAUCAAACCUGGUCAGCAAACCCUGGACUCUGCACAGCUUUAAUAUGCAAGCUUCCUUCAUUGCCAGAUGUCAUAGCCUCGCCUUUACAGGAAGCUUAUAAUAUAGGAGAAAGUGUUACCUUAUCCUGUCCAGAAGGUAGUGCAUUAGAAGGAGAGGCAAUGGCUACUUGUGAUUCCAGUUUACAUUUUUCUCCAGACCCAGCUCAAACCAGGUGCAUCCAAGAGAAAAAACAUCCUCCUACUGUUCCCACAACACAAUGCAAAGAAUGGGAGAGGACAAUUAGGGGAAAAUGUGUCUGUAAGAUGCCUUAUGAGUGCAGCUCCUCCCUUGAAUUAUGUGCCAUAUCACCAUCAAAUGGACAGUUUGCUUCCUUGACUGUAUGCAAAAUGCAAGCACUCAGAUGUAUGGGUAAAAACAUUCAGAUAGUAGAGGACAGCAACUGCAAGUGGCCUCAGCACAACAGAACGAGCUGCACCGAAUGUCACAUGUGGGAAAACUGUGAUGAUCAAAGCAACCAGUGUCGUUGUAAAGACUCUGCAGACUGCUCAACUCCAGGAUUAAAUGUGUGUGUCCGUGUUGGGGAGGAUUUAAAUGUUGCUCCGCAAACCAUGAGUGAGUGUGAUGCUGGAAUUCGAAGAUGUAAAGGGGAGAAGGUGAUGGUUGUCAGUAUCCUGCCAUGUGCAUCCUAAAAAAUAUAGAAUCUACAGUGGGGAUCUAUUUGCGAUAACUACCAGAGACCCUGAACUGAUAGCACUUCUAUAUUUGACAAAGAUCACAGAACCAAAGUAAUUAAGUUUACCCUAGCUACAGCUCUCUAUAGGCCCUUCCCUCUUGGAAUAUAGCCUCCACAACUGCACCUAAGCUGUAGUAGAUCAAAGGUAAAAGUCUGUCAUUUUUUUAGCUUAGCAUUUUAGAAAAAUAAGAUCAAAUCUUUUGGUUUACUGCUUGUAUUCAGUAUUGGCAAGUACUUUAGUGUCAGCACUUGUACUCUAUUAGAAGAAAUCUGGUAUUGUUACUUCCCUAAUCUACAUUAUUGCUAAUAUAGUAAACACUGCUCCAGCUUCACCUUUCUUUGCAUCUUAUACUGAUAGUAUGCACACUUUGUUUAAAAUAUGCUGCCACAGAUUUUGUUGUAAAACAAAAAGUGGUUGUGUAAGCAUGACCGCCUAUAGAGAGAUACUAUAUAUGUAUACCAUAAAAAAGGGACAAUGGUAUAGAAACACAAUGAACAAGUGUUUCUCACCAUAGGAAGUUUAACAGUAGGAUUUAUGCCACAUACUGAUGUAACGCUGCACAAUAUGAGCUUGAUUUCUUUAUGAUCAGAACAACAUACAAAUUCUUUCAGAUUCCCCAACAUAUGUGUUUUUGCAAAUACAAUUAGCUAAGAAUAUUUUAUAUCUUUUCUUUAAUUUUGCAUUUUGUUCAAUAAAAUAUCCAAACUACAUUAUUUAAAGUGUUUUUACUCAUCACAUAUCAAAAUCAAAUGUUGUGUGCAAGCUAGAAUAGAGUUAGAAAAUUCUUAGAUUCUUAAAUUCUUGUUAACACAGAGCUUCAAUUUUAUCUUUACUCUUAAUGCAAAUGUGAAAGAUUCAGAAAGAGAAUGCAAUAAAUGUUCUCCUGUACCUUCUCUGAAAAUUGAAGGAUAACAAAUGUAAGUAAGCAGCUGUGGUGUUGACUUCUGAAUUGUGAUUUAAACACAAUAUUAAUCCAGUCAUUUAUCUGAGAAAAGUAAAUAAAAAAAUAUACCUUAAGAUGUGAAUGCACAUUUUAAUUCUAGGAUUGAGACCUGAAAUGUAUUUUUUAGGGCCGUCAUGUGUCUACUAUAACGGAAAGGGGAGCAGCUGUCACACCAUGUCUAUGUGUGUCAGUACUACUUGUCUCAUAUGUAGUUAUUUGAGUUCUUUUUUCAGAUAAAAGGUCACAACCUUUAAGCAGGUAUUAAAAAGAGAUCUCUAUUAACAAUGUAUUCAAUUGUCCUGAUGUCAUAUUCUUAUCUGAAAAAA